AUGUCUGAUGUCAACAAGAGUGUCCAGAAAUGGCACGCCAGCUUCCGAAAAGCGACCGACUUUGACUCAUGGGGACAGUUAGUGGAGGCGAUCGAUGAGUAUCAAAUCCUGGCAAGACAACUGCAGAAAGAAGUUCAGACUCCCAGUUCCAAAGAUUUCAGCGAAGAGCAGAAGAAAACCUUGGGCAAAAUUGCGACAUGUCUGGAAAUGAGAGGUGCCAGUUUACAGUGCAGUGCUCAGGCAAAGGAUGAAUUUAAACUGGAAGACCUGAAGACUUUGGAAAAUAUUAUUCUAGACAUUUUGACGUAUAACAAAGAGUUCCCGUUCGAUGUGCAGCCUGUGCCGUCGCGUAAGAUCCUGGCCCCUGGAGAGGAGGAGAACUUGGAGCUGGAGGGAGAGGAAGACCCAGCGGCAGGACAUGGAUCUGUGGACACGUUCUCGCCACGUGCCCCUGGUACAUUGCUGCCUCAGUUACCAUCGGAGCCUGGAAUGACCCUCCUCACCAUCACCAUAGAGAAGAUCGGCUUGAAGGACGCGGGCCAGUGCAUCGACCCCUACAUGACCAUCAGCAUCAAAGAUGUGAAUGGAGUGGAUUUGAACCCAGUGCAGGACACACCUGUGGCCUCGAGAAAAGAAGACACCUUCAUCCACUUUAACGUCGACGUGGAAGUGCAGAAGCAUGUGGAGAAACUGCCCAAAGGAGCAGCCAUUUUCUUUGAAUUCAAGCACUACAAACCGAAGAAGAGGUUCACCAGCACAAAGUGUUUCUCCUUCAUGGAACUGGACGAGAUCAAACCAGGUCCAAUCGUCAUCGAACUGUACAAGAAGCCCACGGAUUUCAAGAGGAAGAAACUGCAGCUGUUGACAAAGAAGCCUCUGUAUCUUCACCUGCAUCAGACGCUACAGAAGGACAGCUAA